CGUCCUUGGCAAGUCACAACCAAACCGACAUGGCAGUGGAAAAGACUACCCAGGGCAAGAAAGCCACGGCGCCGCCUCGGGUCAACCAGCCGGAAGCUGAAGAAACUCUGGACGCAUCGAAUGACAACAGCGCCAAGAAGAAGCCAACGUUGCAGUCGUCUGGCGGCGGCGGCUCGUCUUGGGGACUCCGCUUCGUUGGUCUGGCCGCGGUUGGCGCCGCCGUCGCCUUCGGCACGUCGAACGUGACCGUUGAUGACUUGCCCGUCACGUUGCGAUCGCUUCUGGGUCAGAACACCGCGUUGCCAUCCUCCAUUCCACCGUCGCUCUUUGAUCCUGUCGGCAACAAAUAUGCAAGUGAACUCGUCAAGAUCUCCACGCGCAAGCUGCUUGUUCCGGAUGCGUCUUGCACGGCGGCGCCAAAGGUUCUUAGCGACUUAGUCCACGUCGACGCGGCCCUCGGUCAUGCCGACGACCUUCGCAACGAGAACAAGGUGUUUCUUCUCUUGAACGGCCAGAACCACGGCAUCUUCCUCGACUGGUCCAAGGACUCGGGGUGCCUCCAUGCCCUCGCGACAACCGCGGCCACCUCGCUAGGCGCGGACCCCGACUUCUUUCCCAACGGACUUCGGCUGUACAACAGCAUGGGGCAUCCCAUCACGACCGCCGCCGACCUCGACAUCGACCGGCUGGCGUACAUUCUGACGGACUUUCAGAUCUGGGUCUGGCCCGGCGUCCGCGUCGGGUACGUUCGCCGCGUGGACAACGUGACCAUGACAACCAUCUCGCUGUCGCCGCUCGUGUUUGACUGCCAGGGCUUCUUCAACCUCGACGAAGCCAACGCCAUCAUCCAGCAUGGCUCGGACAAACUGAUGCGGAGCCCCGUUGACUCGCCGGACGCGGUGGACGGGUACCAUGCCGACCGGACGAGCCACACGGCCUUCCUGGACGACUCGCAGUUCACCCGCGACUUUCGGCGUCGGUCGGCUAGCUUGGCGCGGCUGCCGAGUCCGUCGUUUGUGGAGCGGAUGCAGCUGGUGCGGUACGAAGCCGGCCAGUUCUUCCGCAAACACGAAGAUUACUUUACAUCGAAAUCAUUUCUGGGCAAAACAGACAAGGCAGUGACCGACUUUCAAGCGUGGAGCGCGUGGGCGGCGGCUGCGAUCACGGCGCUGGUCGACGCCGACGUGUCGAGUCUCCCCGAGGGGUUCCGUCCGGGCGAGCGGUUGUUCCCACAACCCCAAGACACGGCGACGUGGCAACUGGCGCUGCUAGACGGGUUCCUCCAAGAUACCAUCGACACGAGCUUCUACUCGGACCGCGCAGACCAAGCAUGGGCCACGUGGCUCACGGAGAACGUCCAGAACCAAGCACAUGGAAUUAUCAACACCUUACUCAAGGACAAGGGGUACAUGCUGGAGCAUAUCAUUGCGUCAUGGGAGAAGAGAGUGAACGUGGACCUCCAUCCAUCGUUACAUUACAUCAAGCCCAAGGACGCGCCGAGCGCCGUGUCGCAGUACUUUCGCUGGAUCCGAUGGGCCAAGGAACGAAUCGACGAUCUGGGCGACCGCGCGCCCGUGCACGUCCGUCCAGACGGCAAAGACUACCCGUCAUUUCGCCUCACGUUUCAGAACAAGCUAGUGGAAUACAUGUUAAAAGACCGAACCGAAGCCGAGCUUGGAGCUGUCUUGGGCCCCGAGUGGGCCACGUGGAUCAUCACAAACAAGGACGCGGUGGACGUGCUGCUGGAUAGCCUGCGGCUGCAACCGCGGGUGUUUGGCUUGGCUGUGGAGGCGUGGACCAAGCGAGCCGGCCCAGGGCUAUUCGACUACGACGUGCCCGUUCAACUGCACCAUUUUGAGCCAAACCGAUAUGUGACACUGUUUUUAUACUUGAACGAUGUGGACGAGGGCGGGGAGACGGUGUUUCCGCACUCGAAGGAGCGGCUCGUGACCAACAUCGAGCGACGAGGCAUGGACGAGUGCUCCGAGGGGCUGGCGGUGCCCCCGAUCAAACUCCACGCGUCCUUGUUCUACGCGCAGACGCCGCAAAACGACUUGGACCCUCUCAGUCUGCACGGCGGGUGCCCCCCGUCCAAAGGCGUCAAGUUUGGAGCUAACUCGUUUACGUGGAAUGCCGACGCCGACGAAGGCACGAAUGCGUGGGGCUUUUAACACUUGACGUUUGUUUACAUGGUGGUUGGUUGGCAUAACAACACUAACGACGUGUCGUACAGUGAUGCAUACAGUAAUAUGAGAUGAAUACUACUAUUAAUAUAUACUAAUCGCACUAUUA